AUGUUUUUUACUGCUAUUACAAAGAGCAAAGUAUGGUUAAAAAAGAUUCAACAACCAGAAAAGUUAACUUUCAAAAACAUUAUCAUGUACGAGUACCUACCGUCGCUACUGGGUUUUAAUCUACCGGCUUACACAGGCUAUAAUCCAGACCUACAUCCAGGCAUCAGUCAUAUUUUUCAGAGUGCGGCUUUUCGCUUUGGGCAUACGAUGAUACCACCUGGAAUCUACCGCCGUGACGAACACUGUAACUUCAGAACUACGAAAACCGGCCAGCCAGCCAUCAGACUCUGCACUACUUGGUGGGACUCAAACGAGAUACUAAUAAACAACACCCUGGAAGAGCUUGUGAUGGGAUUGACAUCGCAAGUGGCAGAGCGUGAAGACAGCCUUCUGACUAGUGACAUCCGAGACAGUCUGUUUGGGCCACGAGAGCACUCUCUACGUGAUCUUGGGGCUCUUAAUAUAAUGCGUGGUCGCGAUAACGGGCUACUUGACUACAACGCUUUCCGUAAACAUCUUGGUCUAGCGCCUCGGCGUUACUGGAACGAAAUCAAUCCUGAGCUUUUCAAUCGUAAUCCAGAGCUAUUGCGUAGCCUUAUGGAGAUAUACGCUAAUAAUUUGAGCAAUGUAGAUGUAUAUCUCGGUGGUAUGCUGGAAUCCACGUCUGGACCCGGUGAACUAUUUUCCACCAUUAUUCAGGAUCAGUUCCUUAGACUGCGUGACGCUGACAGAUUCUGGUUCGAGAACGAAAUAAAUGGCAUUUUUAUCAAAAGUGAGAUCGAGGACAUCAGGAGUGUUACAAUGUGGGAUAUCAUUACUAAUACAACCAACACACCACCAGACGCUGUACAACGCAAUGUAUUUGUAUGGUUAAAGGACGAUCCCUGCCCUCAGCCCUACCAGCUUAACUCGUCAAUGCUUGAGCCUUGCAUGACUCUACAGCGAUAUAACUAUUUUAAGACCGACGCUCUACCAACAGUUCUCCUCGGUCUCAGAAUAGCCUACAAGGAAGGUUCAAAAACGUCGCCAGCGGAAAUGGUCUACAGAACUUCUCUUCAAAUUCUAGGAGACUUCUUCUUUACCACAACUUCUUUGGCAAAUAAUUUAAUCGCUAUAAAAAGCCUGCGACAGCUUUUUAAAUCAUUCAGGCACAUUCCAGUGUAA